AUGGCAAUGUCGCUUGUUUUUUACAUUUUCCUGGGAUUUACAUUUGCAACAAACGUAGUGACACAAACAACAACAGCUCCAACCACAUUCAUGGGUUAUACUGUUAAUUAUACUGAUAUAGAUCCAUAUAGCUGUUUAUCAACAACAACAGUUACUGUUUCAACCGAUACAACCACAAUAUGCUUAACAACGACUCAAGAACCGACGACAACUGUGUCAACGACAAUCACCGUAGCCGCCACCACCGUAGCCGCUACCACGGCAGCCACUACCACGGCAGACGCUACCACGGUAGCCACUACCACGGCAGCCGAUACCACCAUUGUAACUACGGAAUCUCCAUCCACAAAGCAAACUUCAACAGAAGUUACUACAACAAUAACAACUACCACUACACAGUCGAACAACAUCACAACAACGACUGUAACCAGCACAGGAUCGGCAUUCAUUAUUUCAAAAUGUGCAAAUCAAACUCUUGGCCCAUCAUGUAAUGUUUCUUCUAGUAUUUGUAACAUGGCGCAACCAUGCUUAAACUUAGCAACAUGCUUUCCGAAUACUAGUAUGCCACUAGGUUAUGUAUGCACAUGCCAAGUUGGGUAUACUGGUGCCAAUUGUGAAAUUGAUAAUACGUCAUGUAGUUCGAAUUCUGUUUGUCUAAGUGGUGGUUCUUGCAAUUCGACAGCGAAUGAAACAACUUGUAAGUGCCCUAAUGACGGUCUAUGUGUUUCGAAAUAUGGCAAUUGGUCGUGCGUAUGCACAAAUUCUGACUUGUAUUCUGGUACUUAUUGCGAAUAUAAAUCAUCGAGUCUACGUGCUAAAGAAGUCGUUUCACGUUCAUUUGCCUGCGUAGCAAUUGGUUGUAUCUCGACGGUCAUAGCCUUCAUUAUUAUAAUGGAUAUACUAAAAUACGGAUUCAAAGUCAAUCCGGCUGGUUCGGAAAUACAAACAUGGAGGGAAAAGAAAAGACUUCAACGUCGUGCGAUGCGACGACAAGGAGAACGGUCAAGAAAAAAGAAGAUUGACAAUCCUCGAAUGCAUGCUAGUGCUGUGCGCUUCAAUUACAUAAAUGCUUAA